CCAGGCUGGCCAGACGCUAGCGCGGCGACUGGUCGCUGAGGAUCUGCCAUUGUGCGCCUGCCCGCAUCCCGCAGCCUCCACCGUGCGCUGUCACAGCUCCGUCCCCUCGAGCUCCGACUGCGCUAGCAGCUGCCCCAGUGGCGAACACCAUGCAUCGGGCGCGCCCUGCGCUCUGGGCCGCCGCACUCAUCGCCCUAGCGCUGCUCCGCGGGCCGCCCGGGGCGCGGGCCGGCAUGAGCGCGGUGGGCGCGGGCCCGGUUGUGCGCUGUGAGCCGUGCGAUGCGCGUGCGCUGGCGCAGUGCGCGCCUCCGCCCACCGCUCCCGCGUGCGCCGAGCUGGUGCGCGAGCCCGGCUGUGGCUGCUGCCUGACGUGCGCGCUGCGCGAGGGCCAGGCGUGCGGCGUCUACACUGAGCGCUGCGGCUCUGGCCUGCGCUGUCAGCCGAAGCCAGAGGAGCCGCGCCCUCUGCACGCGCUCUUGCACGGCCGUGGGUACUGCGCCAACGCCAGCGUUGCUGGCCGCCUGCACCCCUUCCUGCUGCCAGUGCCCUCCGCUCCAGGGAAUGCCAGCGAGUCGGAGGAGGACCAGAGCACUGGAAGCGUGGAGACCCAGCCGGUCCCCAGCACCCACCGGGUGACAGACUCCAAGUUCCACACCCUCCACAAGAUGGAGGUCAUCAAGAAAGGCCACGCCAAGGAAAGCCAGCGCUACAAAGUCGACUAUGAAUCCCAGAGCACAGACACCCAGAACUUCUCCUCUGAGUCCAAGCGGGAGACAGAAUACGGCCCCUGCCGGAGGGAGAUGGAGGACACGCUCAACCACCUGAAGUUCCUCAAUGUACUGAGCCCCAGGGGUGUCCACAUCCCAAACUGUGACAAGAAGGGGUUCUAUAAGAAGAAACAGUGCCGCCCCUCCAAAGGCAGAAAGCGGGGCUUCUGCUGGUGCGUGGACAAGUACGGGCAGCCCCUCCCAGGCUACAACACCAAGGGCAAGGAAGACGUGCACUGCCUGAGCAUGCAGAGCCAGUAGACCAGCUGACCGCUUCACGUGGAGCUCAAACACGCCUUAUUUUGCACAAAAGACUGCCAAGGACAUGCUCAGCAGCUGGCUACAGCCUCGAUUUAUAUUUCUUUUUGUGGUGAACUGAUUUUAAAAACAACCAAAGUUUAGACAGAUUUUUGAAACGCCUGUGGCUCCUUUAAUUGGUAAACUUGAGCAUCUUUCCAGUAAUUAGCGAAAGCAGUUUGAAGCUUCUGGCUGCUGCCUCCACCCACACAGAGGGCCGCGGCCUCCUCCCCUCCCGGACCUUGGCGAGGUCUCCUAAGGGGGAGGCGCCCCUCCUCCCCCCUCCUGGGCUCCCUGCCUCCUGCCUCCCUCCCUCCCCUCCCCUCCCCCACUGCGCCACGUCUGCAAACCGCCCCCCGCAGCCCCCGUCACGUCAGCACAGGUGUAGGAGAGCAGGAAACCCUCAACGCCAGUCACCUGGACGUCCUGACGCCCCCUCCCAAGGCCACAGCCCGCGCGAGGACAUCUUGGAGGCCUGAGCCUCUCGCCCGUGAAGAUUAUCAACCAUCUAUCUGCGAGGGGCCUGAUCGACUCUGGAAGCCACUGGACAGAUUCAGACGCAGUCUAACGAACAGCAUGACCUAGAAGGUUCUAGGGCCCGCACCGGGAACCUGUGCACAAGCUGUGCGCGUCCCUCCAUCAGGUGGCUGCUUGAGGACAGGGCCGUUUGGAAGGCUGGGCGGCCAGGGGCGCCUUGGCCUGUCCCACGGGGCGGGAGAGGCAGGGCGGCAAUCCAUCGGCUGCCUCCGCAUUCCGGGGCCUUUGCGAGGAAUCGCGGGACUUCAGAUGACUGCAGAAAGUAGUGCUCGCUAGCUCAACUCCUCAAAAUUCAAAGUUUGUCUUUGAGGUUAAGUUCUUUAAAAAGCAAAGGUUUAUUUUCACCUCUCUCCUGUCUCCUGCUCUGAGCAAUGUAA